CGUUUUCCCACAGUUUCACGCGCAUUGUCUUACGAUUCACACGUGUAACUGCACGCUUUACGACCCGGUUCCGCAGACAUUCCACGGUUACACAGUUACAGUUAGAUCGAUGAGUGUCACAGUACGAUAGCACCGCGGCUUGUGACUCACAUCUGUGAUUGAUUUUCCGCGAAUUUCCCUCAAAGUUUAUGAGGAAAGUUGCUACUUCUCAGUUCAUGUAUGUUAACAUAUUUGAAAAGCUGAGAUUCUUUACUGAAAGAGCCUCUUGUUCAUCUUUGUCUGGUGGUAAAUUAGUUCUGUGAUAACAUAGAAUGAAAAUGCUUGAGGGAUAUUUCUCCUGCUCUCAGGAGUCAGUAGCUCCUUAGUAAUGUUCUCUGCUAUUACUUAUGAACUAUCAUCAAAAUUUUUGGAAGAGCAUAAGUGCACACGAUUGCUGGGCUCCGCGAUGUCGAAGAAGCCGGCGGCGCAGCCCACGCUGCACAAGGUGAUCAUGGUGGGCUCGGGUGGCGUGGGCAAGUCGGCGCUAACGCUGCAGUUCAUGUACGAUGAGUUCGUAGAGGACUACGAGCCGACUAAAGCUGAUAGCUACAGGAAAAAGGUCGUACUAGACGGCGAGGAGGUGCAGAUAGACAUCCUCGAUACAGCGGGACAAGAGGACUACGCCGCCAUCCGGGAUAAUUAUUUCCGUUCCGGGGAGGGUUUCCUCUGUGUCUUCUCGAUCACCGAACCGGAGAGCUUCGACGCCACGCAGGAGUUCAGGGAGCAGAUCCUGCGGGUGAAGAACGACGAGAACAUCCCGUUCCUGCUGGUGGGCAACAAGUCGGACCUGGGCGACAAGCGGCGCGUGCCGCUGGACGCGUGCCGCGAGCGCGCGCAGCUGUGGCAGGUGCCCUACGUCGAGACCUCCGCCAAGACGCGCGACAACGUCGACAAGGUGUUCUUUGACCUGAUGCGCGAGAUCCGCUCGCGCAAGUCGGACGACAGUCGCGCGACCAACGGUGACGUCAAGAGGACGAAGCGCAGGAAAAUCAAAUGCAACAUUUUGUAGGGCGGCGCCCGAGCGGAGUCGCGGGGCUGCGCCCCCCGCGCGCCCUGACGGUGUGCUCUGCGGCGACCGCGCCCGGUGCUGGAGGGUCGCGUCGGGUGAGGUUCAUAAUGCCGCUCGGAGCCGUGCCGGGACCAUUAUGAACGGAAUCCGAUACAAUAUUUGUUAUAACAUCGCGCUUGCAUGUUACUUUACGGUGAUGUCGUUCUGUGUCGGAAUAGACUUCGAUUUUUUAUUCUCACGGCGCACCAGACUGUAAAGAGUCCAUUUUGUAUUUUAACAAUAGAUAUAUUCACAGUUCCGAAAGAUCUCGCCGCAAUGUAAUGGCCUUAAAAGGAUUCGAAUUAUUAAUCUCAAUUUACAUGUAAUUUUCUACUUUGUAUGAAAGUAGUGCUAUGUUGUGGUCGCCAGAGUGUCCUGGGGACGGUACUCGUUCGUUUUAAGCCCACAAAAGAUGUUUCGAUUCAAUUAUACUUAACGUUUAAGUGCUAUACUUGUUUUGUAAAGCUGUCACGUAU